AGGUUGUUUUCCUGUGGUUUUUAUUUUUUUUUUAAUUUUUUAAUGUUUUAGUUGGCAUUUGGUCGUUUUUGAGCAUAAAGCUUUAGCUUGAUCUAUUGUUCGCCUUCGAUUCUUCUUUUUGGUCCCUGAAAAAGGCUUCUGCUUUUUUUAAUCUAGGGUUUAUAGUAGUUGUGGAGAUCUAGAAGAUAUUUGAUGACUUGGCUGGAUCAUCGAGAAGGCUGCGUGCUGUGAAUUCAAGGUCUAGGGCAGUUUAUAGCUGUUCUAAAUGGGCUGUUUUCAAUCAAAGGGUCGAAGGCAAUUCCCAGGAUACGAGGACCCCGUUUUUCUGGCUUCUCAGACAGCAUUCACCGUCAGUGAAGUUGAGGCAUUGUUUGAACUUUUCAAGAGCAUUAGCAGUUCUGUAAUAGAUGAUGGAUUAAUCAACAAGGAGGAGUUCCAACUUGCGUUAUUUAAAACUGGAAAGAAGGAAAAUCUUUUUGCAAACAGGAUCUUCAAUCUAUUUGAUGUAAAGCAAAAAGGUGUUAUUGAUUUUGGGGACUUUGUUCGAGCGCUGAAUGUUUUUCAUCCAAAUGCUCCACAUGAAGACAAAGUUGAUUUUUGCUUCAAGCUUUAUGAUCUUGAUGGUACCGGCUUCAUUGAAAGGAAAGAGGUGAAGCAGAUGCUGAUUGCUCUGCUGUCUGAAUCAGAGAUGAGAUUGGCUGAUGAAGUUGUGGAGUCAAUUUUAGAUAAGACAUUUCAAGAAGCUGAUGCUAAUCAAGACGGAAAAAUAGAUAAAACAGAAUGGGAAAAUUUUGUCUCUCACAAUCCAUCGUUGAUGAAGAUCAUGACCCUUCCAUAUCUCAGGGACAUAACUACAACGUUUCCAAGUUUUGUGUUCCAUUCUGAGGUCGAGGACAUUGCUACCUGAAGAAUAUUGUGUUAGCGUAGACUAGGAGUUUAUAAGACAAUAGGCAGCUGCUAUCCCAUGAAGAAAAGGAGCAAACUAGCAAUGAAAAUGAUCGCCAUUCUGCAAAAGUUUUCCAGCCAAAAGCUUCAUGAUACAUUUGUGUAUUAUUAGAUACGCACAAGCUUCCAAUAUUUCUAUUAUCCAUUUGGAAUGAACUGAGUGCUUUGGAUUGAUAGUGUUGUUUAAGUUUCUUCAACGAGGUUAUACAAAUUUUUUGUUUCUGAA